AUGGCGUUUUCGUUCAUUCGCCAGAACCGAUUCGCUCGGCACUUUACCCCUCGUCUGGCCCUUUCUGUGGCUCUAAUCGCCUUGUCUACCUUCAACUAUGGCUUUGACAACCAAGGUAUUGCGACGAGCCAAGCAAUGCUUGCGUAUAAGAAGCAAUUCGGAGACUACAACCCAAAGACCAAUACAUAUGCUGUCCCAACAUACUACCUGUCUCUGUUGAAUAGCCUCAACUUUAUAGGAUUUGCCGUUGGUCUUUACGUUGGCAGCAACAUCAGUGCUAAAUAUGGCCGUAGAAUGGCCAUGUUCUGCAUGUCCCUCUGGGCAAUCAUGUCUGCGACUGUCCUCAUCUCCGCUACGACAAGGGGGCAGGUACUCGCCGGCCGUAUCCUCAAUUAUACAUAUAUAGGAAUGGAACUAGCUACAUGUCCCCCAUUCCAAGCCGAGAUUGUCCCAGCUCCAAUCAGAGGAUUCGCUGUUGGAACAUAUCAAACUAGUCUAUUACUCGGUGGCGUAAUCAUCAACAGUGUCUGCCGCGGCACAAGUGAGCUUACGUCCAAUGCGGCAUGGAGAAUCCCAAUGGGUCUAUUUUACAUCGUGCCCAUCACGGUGGCAUCAUGCGUCUGGUUUAUUCCAGAGUCUCCCAGAUGGCUACUCCUGCAAGAUAGAGAGGAAGAUGCGCUUCGGUCUCUCCAAACGCUUCGCGGCUCCGAUCCAUCAUACAAUGCUCUUGAAGACCUCGAAGUCCUGCGGCUGUCUCUGAUCGACGAACAUAAUCAAGGACGGUAUUCGGAUCUUUUCCGUGGCACCAAUCGGAGGCGUACUCUUGUCGCUAUGGGCAUGAACUUUUUCAUCCAAGCCACAGGAUCGCCAUUCACUGCUGCGUACGGAACACUCUUCGUACAGUCUGUUGGCUCAAUUAAUCCAUUCAACUAUUCCAUCAUGAGCUCAUCCAUCAAUUUCUUCUCCUGUCUUGUUGGGAUUUCCAUCACGGAUAGAAUUGGCCGUCGCCCAAUCUUAAUGACCGGCUCCGUUCUCCAAAUCAUCUGGCUAUUUACUAUGGGGGGCAUUGGAACAGCUGCAAAUCCUUCUCUUGCGCAAAAGAAAGUCAUCGUUGGCGCCACGGCAUUGUCGUCAGCCAGUCUGACCUUUAGUUGGGACCCUUUGAACUACAUUGUCACAACAGAGCUUCCAGCAUCAAGACUCCGUGAUAAGACCCAAAGAGUUGCCUCUAUGGUUAAUAUUGUAACUAACUUUCUCUUUUCCUUCUUCACUCCAUACUUACUCAACGCCCCGUAUGCGAAUUUGCAGUCCAAAGUAGGAUUCAUAUUCGGGGGGCUGGCUAUAUGCUCGUUCCUAUUUGCAUACUUCUGUGUUCCUGAGAUGAAGGGGAGGAGCUUGGAGGAUAUUAACGAAAUGUUUGACAAAGAAGUACCAACGAGACAGUUUAGGAAUUACGUGUUGGAGCACAGGGUAGAAGGCAAACCAGAAAUCAUUGAGAUGGAGAAGGUCAAGGUCAAAAUGGACAAACCUGCAAAUAUCCAUAUGCCAUAG